AGGAAAUCCUAUCUGGUUGGUCACACCGAGAAAUACGAUUACUGCCUCAUUUUAACACAGCCGAGCAGACGUAUUGCGCACUGUGAUUCGCCUCACAGAAAGCUUCUUCUACACGGUUAAUACUAUAUGGACGGAUCAUUUUUAUCGAUCUCAUGACGGAACUGGCGUAAUAUAGAGGCCAGGAUCAUUACUAAAACUGAACUGGGAUUUGCAGCAGGAUGUCGGUUAACCCGGACGGAACCCACAUUGGGCCGGGAACCCUCUGUGAAAACGGACCUCAGUUCGGCGUUAAGCAGGUGAAUGGCCAGGUGCGCGUUCACGUGUGACAGAUCUUAGCGCCUGUGAUAGCGGAUCACUGCGCGCAGUCUUGGGUGAUUACACUGUUUUGAGAAGUGUGCUGCUGAGCUCUCACAAGUUCAAAGAUACACUGGACCAUGAAGCAUCAUCAGUUGUUUAGAUGUUUCUGGCGAACCUUCAUCACUGUACUUCUGUUUGAUGGCACACCGAUGAUGAUGUUUAGAGGAUCCUUCACACUGACCCUCAGCAACAUCAGCAUCUCACGCCAGGAUGAUGCGCGGAUCACUCACUCUUCUCAGGCUGUCACAAAUCGCAGAAGAGAUGUGAAGCCUCUGAUGAGGACAAGGCCAUUUGCAUUAGUGGAUGGAGUAAGAAAAAGCCUGAAUCAUGUUUUGAAGAAUGGUCACCCUGAUAGACUGCAAUGUGGUUUACAAGUAGGAACCAGCUUGUAUAUCCUAGACCUGGAGAAAAACCAGGAUCUUUUGCCUAAGCCACCUAACGUGUUUUACUAUCUGCCAAAUGGAACUGGGUUGUCUAUGGAUCAGAAUCCAGUGAUUCACUGUUACUAUCAUGGCUCAGUUCAAGGUUUCCCUCAGUCUCGUGUAGCUCUCAGCUCCUGCUCUGGGUUACGAGGACUGAUAGUCAUUAAUGCAACACUGAGCUUUGAGCUGCAUCCUGAGGAAGAAGAUGGUGAUAAAAAGGAAGAGGGGAGUGGAGAAAUGAAAGAUGGAGGGAUGCAUGUGAUCUACCUGACCAAUCCACACACAGAGUCGGGAGGCUGUGGAGUUUCACACAACUCUAUUCCUCCCAUUCAGAUCAUUCCACAAACACACAGAAGUAAGAGAGACAUUCUUUCAGAGACCAAAUACAUUGAACUGGUGCUGGUGGCAGAUCAUAAAGAGUAUGUUAACUAUCAAAAGAAUAAUAAAACUAUGAUCUAUCGUAUGCUGGAUGUUGCAAACCAAGUGGACUGGUUCUACCGGCCACUGAAUGUACGUGUGGCUCUGAUGGGUUUGGAGAUCUGGAGUGACCAGGAUAAGAUCCUGGUGAAUAAAAGUCCCACUGACACUCUUAACCGCUUCCUGGAGUGGAGGACCAGAGAGCUGCUGCCACGACUACCCCAUGACAACGCUCAACUGAUCAUGGGUGAGUCAUUUGAUGGGACAACGGUCGGCAUGGCCUCUCAGUCGUCUAUGUGCUCGAGGGAUCGAUCUGGAGGGGUGAAUGUGGAUCACCUGGUGAGUGUUUUAGGCGUGGCCUCUACGGUAGCGCAUGAGUUGGGUCACAACCUAGGAAUGAAUCACGAUACAGCCGACAGACGCUGCCAAUGCCAGAACGAACCACGGCUUGGAGGCUGCAUCAUGGAGCCAUCCACUGGGUUCAUGCCCGGUCAGCUCUUUAGCAGCUGCAGCGAGCGAGAUCUGUCUCUUAGUCUGCUGCACGGAGCCGGGAUGUGUCUGUUUAACAUGCCCCAGCCGGAGAGUCUUCAGGGAGGUCCGCGCUGCGGGAAUCUGUAUGUGGAAAAAGGAGAAGAGUGUGACUGCGGGCUACUGGAUGAAUGUAAUGAUCCUUGCUGCAAUGCCAGUACGUGUAAACUGGUUUCAGGUGCCCAGUGUUCUUCUGAUGGUAUCUGCUGUGAGAACUGUAAGUUGCGUGUGGCUGGGUGGGAGUGUCGGGAGCCGUUGGGAGAGUGUGAUUUGCCGGAGUACUGCACUGGAACCUCCCCUUAUUGCCCGCCCAAUGUGUUCCUGCAGAAUGGAGAGCAAUGCAAGGACGGCUCCUCCUACUGCUACAGCGGUGUGUGUGCCAGUCUGGAUGAGCAGUGCCAGAUGCUUUGGGGACCUAACUCCACCCGUGCACCUCCUAUCUGCUUCUCCUCUGUAAAUAAACAGGGCAAUAAGUAUGGAAACUGCGGUCUGAUGCCCAAUGGUUCCUACAUCCCCUGUUCAAAAGGGGAUGUCCACUGUGGUAGGAUCCAGUGUCAGGGUGGGAGUGAUCGCCCCCUGUUGGGAUCCAAUGCUGAGAUUUUGACCACGAAGGUUAAACUAAACCAGAGUGACUUUACCUGUCGGGGGACCUAUUUUAAUCUAGGCGAUGAUGUUUCUGACCCAGCUAUGGUGGCUCAGGGGACGGCCUGUGGGCACAACAAGGCAUGUGUGGACCAAAGAUGCCAGGACAUCUCCGUAUUUGGUGUUGAGGAAUGCCGCUGGAAAUGCAAUGGCCAUGGGUUGUGUAACAGUAACAAGAAUUGUCACUGUGAUCUGGGAUGGGCGCCUCCUGACUGCAGAUAUUCUGGAACCGGAGGCAGUGUGGACAGUGGGCCUGCACGAAAGCCCAAAGAAUCUGAUCCUGCGCGGGUCGCUCUGCUGGUCAUCUUCCUGUUUGUGUUGCCGGUCGCACUGCUGUUUGUUGCACUCCGGUAUCCACGCUGUCGCCGAAGCCUUGUGUACCUCGGCCACACCCCUUUUAACAAGAGCCGCCAGAGCCGAACUCCUGCCAUUGAGCUUGCUAAUGCUCGAAAUGGAGAUCAAGUACAGCCGCUCAGAUACCAGUGGCCCCGCCAGAGUGACAUUCCUCUCACCCAGGCUAUCAGCAAGGUUCAGAACAGGCCUGCUGCUCCAACUAAACCUCUUCCACCUGAUCCAGUCUCUAAACCAGCUCAGCUGGCGGGGCACUGGCCCGCCCCUCCUACCAAGCCCCUCCCUCCUGACCCCUCCCCCUCAGAGAGCAAGAUGCAGUGCAAGCCCACAAGAAGGCGACCGGCUGCACCAAGAAAGCCCCUUCCCCCUGACCCUGUCGUCUCAGACCGACAGAAUCCUGUUCCCCCCAAACCUCCAGUUCCCAAGAAGCCAUUGCCUAUGGAUCCCUCGUCUCACUCUCCUGCACUCUCACUACAGGGGCAUCCAGCAUCUGCUGCUGCAUCUUCAUCAUCCUCUUACUCACAUAGCCCAGCACCAGCCACUGCUCCUGCCAGACCUGCUCCCCAUCCACCUUUACGGAGACAGCAGUACCCCGGGAAACUCUGUGCUCCAACCCAGUAUGGCCUAUAAGGAACACUGUGUGAAGCAGACUUGCGCAAAAUUUGCACUGACUCAGACUUCUACAGCAUGAAACCUUUACGGGGAUGCCUGCAGGAAGACUCUCAUGUGUACUCUGCAUGUGGAUCACUACUAAAACUGAGAGCUUACUCUGAAGCUUAUUGCAGAGAAAUUACAGACCCCAGCAAUGGUGAAAUAAAUAUUCUCGAGAAUCAUUUAGGAGUGGACAAAACGCAAACAUACAUUCCAUUUAAUGUGUGGUUCAAUGCAUGGACAUUGGAUGUAGCCAAAUGAUGCCUUGAGGAAAGAAUCUCAAGAGAUGCGGUAUGCAUGCUCGAUUGCCUGCCUAUAAACUGAUCUUUCCUACCGAAUCUCUUUGGUGCCUAAUUAAUCAGCUACAGACAUGUGAUCAAUGACAACACUUGCAUCAAUACUAAAUAACAGGACUCUUUUUUUUCUAGAGCUGAAUGUUUGCUUCUCUGUCGUAAAUCAGCUCAUCUCAGACGUUUUCAAUCACACGUGGCUUUUGUAAUUCUGUGUCUUAUUUCCGUAUAAAUUUGCGAGUCAUGAAUACAAACGCUGCUGCAGGGACAAAGCUGAUUGGAAGAUUAAAGCACUGGGGAAGAAACUGAAGAUAUUUAAGUGUAUUUUAAAUUAUGUACUUUUUUUAGGCAAUAAACGUGGAUCUAUUUUUACAUUUUAACCUAUGUCUUAAUCCACUCUACAUUUUGGUUUUUAAAGGGGCAUUUCCCCCAUAGAAACAUUAAUCUUUAUUGAAAGUGCGUCAUAUUUGUAGUCGAAAUGUAACAUACAUUUAGAAUUUGGUGCCUAUUUGACAAAGAAAAGGGAUGUUUGUAGUCUCACUCCCUCAACAAAGAUAUUGCACUUCCUUCUUUCAAUGAUGCAAUAUGAUGAUUUUUACAUCAUUGAAAGAAGGAAGUGCAACACUGAAAUCUGUAUUUCUCCUGUCUCAGCGGCAACUGAGGAAAUGAUGCAUGACCAUUCAAAAACAUGACUGGGGUUCUAACUAUACAAAGCUUAAUGCAAAUUGGUGAAGUGUCCCUUUAAAGAAAGGUUAAAUUCAUUUUCUAUUUAACUUUCAUUUAGAUUUGAUUCAGAUAAAAUGUCCACAGACCCAAUUAUAGUACCUUACAUUAUUAAUAAAACAAUAAUAAUUGUGUAUUUUUAUGGUAAAACAUGCUAUUUAUUAAAACAACAUCAAGCUUUCCCAAAA